AGGUAUCGAAGACGAAAUGUCAGUGACGGCAUCCGGUUCCGUCUUUCUUUUCACCCAAUUCGUGUGCACGGCGUGUUUUGUCAACGCAGUUUUCACCAAUUUUCCCAUAGAAAAUGGGUCGCGUCAGGACAAAGACGAUUAAGAAGGCCGCAAAGGUCAUAAUUGAGAAGUACUACACGCGUUUGACGUUGGACUUCCAUACAAACAAGCGCAUCUGCGAGGAGGUGGCAAUCAUCCCCACGAAGCCCCUGCGCAACAAGAUCGCCGGCUAUGUGACACACUUGAUGAAGCGCCUCCGUCACUCGCAAGUGCGCGGCAUUUCCAUCAAACUGCAGGAGGAGGAGCGCGAGCGCCGCGACAACUACGUUCCGGAUGUGUCCGCGCUGGAGCAGGACAUCAUUGAGGUGGAUCCGGAGACCAAGGAGAUGCUGAAGAUGCUGGACUUCCAUAAUCUCACGGGACUCCAGCUCACGCAGCCCACAACCACCUUCAACAGGCGAAACUGAGCGCGAAUCCGCUUAAAAUCUAAUAAAUAAGUGAAAUACCGCUUAUUUGAAAGGC